AUGGGUGGUGUGCAGGUCCUCACUGAGAACCUUCCAACUCCUAUCUAUUCCUUACUCCUUACCAUUUUUACUCUUACAAAUACACUCAUUUCAAAAGUGCAGAAACCCAGAUAUAAAACACUGACUUGCCAGAAAUCGGUAGUCAGUGAAGAAGCCAAGACCAACAUCCUCUGGAAAGACCAACCAUCACAAACGGACCGCAGGGAAUUCGACAAAGAUAAGAGGAUAAGCACGGGAGCAAACUACCCACGGCCGGGCCCGUCUCCACCGCCCGCCCCGGGGCCUCGGGCCGGCCGGCUCCAGCGGGAGCGAAGGGCGCCUGAAGCACAGACCCCAGGGCGUUUCCCGAGGAACACGCUAAGCCCGCCGCCCGCCCCACACUCGCAGGCGCGAGACCGAAGCCCCGGGCCCGGCGGCGGCCCCGCGGCGAGACACAGCCGGGAGGAAACACGGCGGCCCCGGAGCCGCCCAGACAAGGCGCCCUCCGCCGGCUGUGCAGCGGCCGUCCGCAGCCGGCCCCUCAGCCGAGCCCGGCCGCCCCGCCGCGGGGCCGCCUCAGGCGUCGCGGCGCUUCUGACGGGACGGCGGCUGAGGAGCCGCGCGGGCCCGGGGUCGGCUGCCCGACUGCUCGCCGCUGCCCCCGCGAGCUCCGAGGGGCCCCCUGCCCCGGGGGCAACCCCGUCCCCACCUCCGCGCGGGCACCCGUUCUCCCGGCUCCACCUCCCCGCGAGGCGUCCGCGCCCCGGGCCCCACCUUCCCCCCGGGCGUCUGGACGCGCAGGUCUCCCCUCGCGGCGGGCGGGGGGCGGCUCCGCGCCGAGCGCCUAUCCACCCGGCCCUCGGCGGCCCCCAGCCCGGCUCAGCCGAGUUCCAAGCAAUGGAUCGCCGGGCCCCCCAUCUCUCCCCUCCCCCCUCUCCUUUUCGUCUCCAAAAGUUUAUAAUCAGUUUUUAA